GUUUAAACAAUAUAAUAAUAAUUAGCAUACCGUUAUAAGCAAAGUGAAAUGGGUUUAUUUGGCAAAACUCCCAGCAAAGACCCCAAAGAACAGGUGCAAGAAUGGACGCACAAGUUGCGAAAAGAGGGCAAUCAGCUUGAUAGGCAGAUACGAAGUAUACAACGAGAAGAGGAGAAGGUGAAACGAUCUCUCAAACAGGCAGCUCAAAAAAAUGACCGCGACACCUGCAUCAUUCUCGCCAAAGAGAUAGUGAAUGCCCGAAAGGCGAUAAAUCGCAUAUACACAUCAAAGGCGCAUCUCAGCUCCAUACAGAUGCAGAUGAAAAAUCAAUUGUCUACAUUGCGGGUGGCUGGUUCUUUGCAGAAAUCCACAGAAGUCAUGCAGGCCAUGCAGAGUCUUGUUCGAUAUCCGGAGCUGGCGGGCAUUAUGCGCGACAUGUCAAAGGAAAUGAUGAAGGCCGGCAUAAUCGAGGAGAUGUUGGACGAAACCAUGGAUUCGCUGGAAGAGUCUGAGGAGUUGGAGGAGGAGGCAGCAAAAGAGGUCGACAAGGUACUCUGGGAAAUUACGGAUGGUAAACUGGGCGAGGCUCCACUACCGCCAGAAGCAACACCAGCAGACAAGACACCAGCAGCAGCUUCCCGCGUUGCCGUCGAGGAGGAUGACGAUGAUGGCGAAGAGCUGGAGGAAAUGCAGAGUCGCCUGGCAUCGUUGCGCUCAUAAACAAGUUGCCGAACAGGGGCAGCAUGCAUGUAGCAAAAUUUAGAUUCGAAUUUCGAAAAUGUAGCUUAUGAUUAUUAUAUUUAUCAUAGCACCCUGCACGCCACCCAAAUCCAAAAUCCAAUAGUUUGCUGCUUACCCCGAUAGUGAAUUAUAGAAACCAAAAUAACAGUGAAACUCUAUAAACAGUUUUUAUAAGCUUAAGUGUACAAUAUUUUGGUUCAUAUUAUGUUGAACUGCAUGUGUUAAAAUUGUAAACUUUUAUACAUAUAUAAUUUAUUAUAAUUGAUCGGUAUUAAAUGUAACUUAAGCGUA